AUGGAGAGAAUUUGUUUAACUGCCAAUGGUAAUUUACAAAGAGUUUUAAGUUCAUGGUUUAACAAACCUAUAAAAGUGCAAAUUAUCAAAAAUGACAAUAUUCCUAUCUGCCAUGAGAAAUUCACAGCAAAUACUAAUCCAAUUAUACAACGAUUUGACCGAGAAGUCAAUCUUUUAUGUGAGGGUAAAGUAGUUUGUAAUGCUAUAAGUGAAGUUUUAAUUUAUGACAAUAUCAUUGUGAAUUUGAUUAAGAAUGAGGGUAUCGGAAUUGGUCAAUUGUUUAGUUACAUUCUAUUGGAAGAAAUACAACCACAUGGUGGAGGGAAAAUUGCGGGUGUUGAAUGUAAAAUUAAGGAAAUAUUUCCAAAUGGUAUGUUCGAAAAUGGGUGGAUUGGAUUAACCGAUUUCAGUAAUGAAAAAGAGAACCUUAUUAAUGGAAAACAAGAAUUAAAGAGUAUUAAUAAGGCUUGGUUUAUUGACCAAAAAUUUAGUUAA